AUGAAUAAUCUGUUGUUAUAUUUAUACGUUUUAACUGUCCUCGGGCCAUUUGCUUUAUCGAAACACACAAAUGUUACUAAAGAUUUGGAACCUCUGAUUUACAAAGGAUACGAAGUUGGAAUACACGAUUAUUCCUACGCUUGUUUCCUGCAUUUCAAAACCACCAGGCCGACUUCGUGUGGAGCAUCCCUUAUAAUGGUCCAAGCUGUUCUGACGGCAGCGCACUGCAUGGACGAUAUCCGGAUCAAGAGCGGCGAAAUUCACGCGUUUUUCGGAUCAAACGUACCAAAAGAUUCUUCGGUUAUCAGGAGAGUCAGGAAUUAUGAAAUAAAUCCAAAAUAUAAUGAGGUGAAUGGUAAGAACAAUCUGGCAGUGGCGUUUCUGGAUUAUAGAGUACCACUUCAGCAGAGCAUCAAGAAGAUCCCGCUGUCAAUCAAAGAUCCAGUGCCACGAACUGAUCUGUUUUCAGUGGGUUGGGGCAAACAAAGCGUAAGUAAACUAUAUUCUCAAUUUCUACAUUAG